AAGAUAACCUCCAUAGUCAACCUUGGCUCCUUGUGUUUCUUGAGCAUCGCGACCGUCUUGAGAGCCUCGACACACAACUCCAAGGGCGUUCUUCACUCCGUUCGGUGAGGACCCCAGUGCUUCCGCAUUGCCACACACGACUACUGCUCCGCCAUCCGUCGACAAAGAGUGGUCCCAGACUUUCUUUCUCGCACUGCACAGCUUCUUCCUCGCACAGCUCCAGACAAUGCCCAGGCCAACAUGAUCAAGACCGUCCGCUCUGGCCUCUGGACCUGUUCGCGGUGCCUCCGUCAAUCAGCCCUGCGGCAAGCCCGACCCUCUGCUCGCCCGCCCUCCCGAUGGCUCUCUGCGGUAGCAAACCCCGCGACGGUCUCCGAUGCCGCUUCCGCGCCGGUCAACCAUGCACCCCCUGGCGCGCGACAUGACGAUGUCCUCCUACGCCAGAUCUUCGACUCUCCGCCGACCUUCAAGCAUUUCGCUCGGCCAUGGGCUCAAUUGACAGGCUCGCCCAAUGUCGGCCUCUUCCGAAACAAGUACCUCACCUCGCCGCAAGGCUUUCUCUCGUUCGCCGAGCUUACCAUACAUAAAGCACAGAGGCUGGUUGAGAAAGUGUUAGCGGCGUCGACCCUCGACGAAUACAAAGCGAUCGUGGGCGACCUGGACCGACUGAGCGAUCUCUUGUGCCGUGUCCUCGAUGUGUCUGACUUCGUUCGAGUCACACACCCUGAUCAGAAGAUUCAGGCGGCUGCCUCACAAGCAUGGGCUUAUGUCUACCAAUAUAUGAACCAGCUCAACACAGAAACUGGCCUGAGCGACCAGCUCGGGAAGGCUUUGGACAACGCUGAGGUCAUGGCCAGCUGGAACGAGGAGCAGCAGACCGUGGCGAGGCUGUUACAGCAAGACUUCCUCAAGUCCGCUGUGCACCUUCCCAAGCAGUCCCGCGAUCGCUUUGUCGAUUUGUCGCAAAAGAUCAGCGAGCUCGGCUCCUCGUUCGUGGAAGACAUGCAGCCAGAGCAGCCUUACAUCGACUUCCCAAGCAGCAAGUUGCGGGGCAUGGAUCCGCAACUAGCUCAGAGAUUCACGAGACGGGGUACCUCACGACUGCCCACGCUCUCUGCGGAGGCGUCCAUGGCAUUGCGGAGCGUCUAUGAUGACGACACUAGGAAGAGCAUCUUGCAUGCCACACGGACUGCCUCUAGUAGGUCGAUCAAGGUCCUCGAGGGAAUGCUGCGGCUGCGUGCCGAACUUGCAGAUCUGUCCGGGUUUGAAAGUUACGGGCGCAUGGCGCUGCACGAUAAGAUGAUGGCCAAAUCACCCGAAGCUGUACACGAGUUCCUCCUAGCCCUGUCCAAGCACAAUGCGCCUCUGGUCCAAGCUGAGGUUGCAGAUCUUUUGAAAGAGAAGAGCAAGAGACUGGGCUCGUCCGCGGCGGACGAGCUCCUCCCGUGGGAUAAGGAUUACUACAUGCAGAGCAUCCGCGCCGGUAUGCGAUCACGCGCACGGCGCGACGACUUCUUGUCGUCCUACUUUUCUCUCGGCACUGUCAUGCAGGGGCUUUCGAGGCUUUUCACCCGACUCUACGGUAUUCGCUUUGAGCCGAGAGACACACUCCCUGGAGAAACCUGGCACUCCGACGUUCGGCGGCUCGAUGUCAUUUCCGACACGGACGGCCAUGUCGCUGUGUUGUACUGCGACCUGUUCUACCGCCCGGACAAGUCACCGAACCCAGCACAUUUCACAGUGCGCUGCUCGAGGGAAAUCUCAGCCGAGGAGAUUGAGGAAGCGAGCACCUUGGGUGCACUUGACGUUGAAGGUGUGCCAAAGUUUGAGUCGGCCAUCGAGGCGGCGAAUGAUGGUAUGCAUGUGUCGAAGAAGAGCGCAAAUGGCGCCGUCAAGCAGCUCCCAACAAUUGCCCUUAUCUGCGAUUUCCACCAGGAGCACAAGUCCAAGAGUGAACCGGCACUGCUCGACUACUAUCAAGUGGAGACACUCUUUCACGAGAUGGGACAUGCCAUUCACUCAGUCCUUGCACGGACUUCCAUGCAGAACGUCUCCGGAACACGAUGCGCCACGGACUUUGCAGAGCUGCCGUCCACACUGAUGGAGCAUUUCUCUGCCGACCCGUCGGUUCUUGCACUGUUCGCACGCCACUAUGCGACAGACGAGCCUCUGCCGUACGAGAUGGUGGCCGAGAAGUUGGCUGUCUCACAGAGAUUUGAGGCUUCAGACCGGGAGAACCAGAUUAUCCUGGCUAUGCUGGAUCAGGCAUACCACUCAACCGCACCGGCCGGCCUGCACUUCGACUCUACCAAAGUAUACCAUGACUUGCAGCGGCAGUACGGGCAGCUACCUCCAGAUCCUGCUCUGACGCGCUGGCAGGGCUUUUUUGGACAUCUUUUUGGAUACGGCAGCACGUAUUACAGCUACCUGUUUGACCAGGUUUUGUCGGAGCGGGUGUGGCGAGUGGUGUUUGCAGGCGGACAGCAGGGCGGAGCGCUGAGCCGCGAGAAUGGAGAGCGACUGAAGGAGAACCUGCUGAAGUGGGGAGGAAGCCGAGACCCGUGGAGAUGCCUGUCAGACGCCCUGCAAGACGAGCGGCUGGCGAAUGGUGACGAGAAGGCCAUGAAGGUAGUCGGCAGCUGGGGUAUAAAAGACGGAGUCCACGACUGAGCCGGCAAGCCGAGCCGCGGGUGGGCUGGUUGUAUGUAUAUUCAAGUAUUCACGGGCGUGCUGUAUUACGUCUCGAUGAUCCAGAUACCCCUUGGCUCAAUGACCAUGAACUCGAGCCACGUUCAUCCGAUCCUUGGCGAGGCGCAGCAGCCGUGAGUUCCGAUGGAGUAUGGUUUGCGACGGGCAGCAGUGAGGGAGGAGCUCGUGGGUGGGAAUCGUGGCAAGCCCAACACCGCUAGAGCAGGUGGCCCUGUGCAAGACCCGAGACAUAGUUUUGUGGCAGCCGCGCUAGCGCCCGCCGCGUGGCCGUUUC